AUGGAAACUACUACUGAAAAUAAUGAAACUGGUUGUAAUGAUAUGUCAUCCAAAGAUCCCAAACCAGGAGUUGGUUUGGAAUUUUCUUCUAUUGAAACAGCUGAUUUAUUCUACAAAGAAUAUGGGAGAAGCAAGGGAUUUUCUACACGUAAGAGAUCAUCAUAUGCCAGUGCGAAUAGGGGAGGUAUAAGUAGAGUUAUAUUUGUUUUUGGUUGUGAAGGUGUCUACGGUAAAGAUCCUAAUUAUGAUGAUUCAAAUAGUUUUGACGAUGAUGAAGUCGAGCAGGAGGUUGUGAAGAUGAAAAAGAACACUUCCACCAUGAGAACAGAUUGUAAAGUUAUGAUGUAUAUAGCUAUGGAUAUAAAACGUAAGAUAUGGUAUACAAAUGCAUUUGUGGAUGAACACAAUCAUGUUAUGGUCUCUCCUAAAAAGAGAGUUCUCAUGAGGUCAAACAAGUAUAUGUCGAGUGAAGCUAAAAGCUUGGUUGAGGCAUUUAACAAAAAAUAG